AUGAGAAACCUAGAAGUUCAAAUAGGACAACUUUCCAAUGAUUUGAAGGCGAGACCACAAGGCUCUUUUCCUUGGCAUACUGAAGUUCCAAAAAGAGAUGGAAAAGAGCAAUGCAAGGCGGUAACUUUGAGAAGUGGAUUGUCUUAUGAAAGACCAAAGAUGCCGGUUGAGGUAGAGAAACCUUCCACAUCAAUUCAAAAUUCUCCUAGUGAAGCAGAGAAAGAAAAAACCACCUCGGGUGAGGGGGAGGCGUCUGGCGCCUCUUCACAAGAAAAUUCAUCUUUUCUCCUGAUUCCUCCUUUCCCUCAAAUAUUAGCCAAGAAAAACCAAGAAACUCAGUUUAGAAAGUUUUUAGACAUCCUCAAGCAACUCCACAUAAACAUUCCUUUACUUGAUGCCUUAGAACAAAUGCCAAAUUAUGCUAAGUUCCUGAAGGAUAUUGUGUCUAGAAAAAAGAAGUUAGGUGAACAUGAGAUGGUAGCUAUGACUAAGUGUAGUAGUGAAGCUGUAGGUAGCCCUUUGCCCAUAAAAUGUAAAGAUCCCGACAGUUUCACCAUCCCUUGUUCUAUUGGAGGAAAGAAUUUAGGUAGAGCUUUAUGCGAUCUAGGUGCUAGCAUUAACCUAAUGCCUCUAUCUGUUUUCAAAGAAUUAGGCAUAGGAGAAGCUAGACCUACUACAGUUACCCUCCAAUUAGCAGAUAGAUCCAUUAAGAAGCCUGAAGGAAAAAUAAAAGAUAAGUUUCAUGUAGAUAAGUUUAUCUUCCCUGCAGACUUCAUCAUCUUAGACUGUAAGGCCGAUUUGGAUGUACCUAUCAUCUUAGGUAGACCCUUCCUAGCUACAGGAGAUACAAUAUUUAAUGUUCGAAAAGGAGAAAUAACAAUGAAGGUUAAUAAUGAGGAGGUGAAAUUUAAUGUGUUGGAUGCAAUGAAACUUCCAGGAGAUUUAGAAGAAUGGGCAAAAGUAAUUGUUUAUACUGAUCAUUCUGCUCUAAAGUAUUUAUUUGCAAAGAAGGAUGCAAAACCACGUUUGAUACGAUGGAUUUUGCUACUUCAAGAGUUUGAUACAGAAGUAAGGGACUGUAAAGGAACGGAGAACCAAGUAGCCGACCACUUGUCUAGGCUCGAGUCCCCACUUCAGGAAGGUCAGGCAGAGAUUCGAGAACAAUUCGUUGAUGAGCAAUUACUUCGCAUUGAAAAUGUCUCUUGGUAUGCUGACAUUGCAAAUUACUUGGUAAGUCGUAUUAUUCCUCAUGAAUUCAGUCGACAGCAGGUAAAAAAGUUUCUUCAUGAUGUGAGAUAUUAUAGGUGGGAUGAGCCUUUUUUGUAUAAACUUGGUCCUGACGGAAUCCUUCGCAAGUGUGUAGCGGAGGAAGAGCAAAAAGCAAUUUUGGAGGCUUGUCAUAUGUCUCCAUAUGGAGGGCAUUUCGAUGGACAAAAGACCACAGCGAAGGUAUUACAAAGCGGGUUCCUCUGGCCCACUCUAUUCCGUGAUGCACAUAGUUUCGCUCAAGUUUGUGAUAAGUGUUAG